AUGGUGCCCUUCAACGCGGAUGCGAUCAGGGAGGUACAGCUCCUGGAGGGCAUCAACCACCCAAACGUGGUAAGAUUAAAUGAAGCCUUGGUAUCCCCUCCGGACAUAUAUAUGGUGAUGCCCUUGAUGCCCUUAUACCAAGGGGACCUCUGGGAACUGAUAAACGAAAAAGGACCAAGGGCGACAGUGUCGGGGUUCUACCUAAUACUGCGUCAAGUGGCGGAGGGAAUAGCCGCCUGUCACCGAGAGGGGGACGUGUUAUGGAGUUUGGAAGUAGCAUCCCAGACACGAGGUUUAAAACGGAAGACAACCGCCUGUCACCGAGAGCACAUCGUCCACCGUGACAUAAAACCGGAAAAUGUGCUCCACCGAGGCGACCGAUACGUGGUGGCUGACCUGGGAUUGGCCUGUAAGUUGAAACCGGGACAGGGCCUCCUAACCGAUCUGGUCGGCACCAGUUUAUACUGGGCCCCAGAACAACACCGGGGAGAUCCAUAUGGUACAGGAGUGGACCUUUGGGCACUCGGGUUUGUGGCCCGAUAUGUGGCCACCGGUCUGAUUCCACAACCGGACGACCGAUACUCCGGUGCUGGGCUGGCGGGCUUAAGCUCCCCUGUCCGGUGGUUCAUCGAGGGAUUGCUCAGAACCGAUCCGAUCCUUCGGCGACCCACGGGGCAAUGGGAUUGGGCUGCAGCCGGCGCGGCACUGAGUAUGGGGGAUAUCAAUUACUUCAGCCUCCAGCAAGGUUUAAAUGAAAGUUCAGCUGUUAACCUACCUAGUGGGGACUGUCCGGCAGAGAACCCCCACCAUUCCUCCUAG